UUGAACAGGAAUCAUGCUGUAACUCCGGCUCAAAAACUAUUAUUAACUUUACGGUUUUAUGCCACGGGGAGCUAUUUAAUUAGUGCAGGUGACUGUAUUGGAGUUAGCAAAUCAUCAGCAUGCCUCAUAGUUCGAGAUGUAAGCCUGACUAUAGCUAACCUUCGUAAAGAAUAUGUUCGAAUGCCAGAUAAUGAUUUUGAAAUUAGGCAGUUACAAAAAGAUUUUUAUAAAACAGCGAAAUUUCUAUUAGUUAUUAGGGCUAUAGAUUGCACCCAUGUGAAAAUUCAAAGUCCUGGUGGCCCAAAUGCUGAGUAUUUUCGUAAUCGAAAGGGGUGGUUCUCAUUCAAUGUCCAAACAGUGGUAUCUUCAAAACUAAAAAUUAUGGACAUAGUUGUACGCUGGUCUGGUUCAACCCACGAUUCAACUAUAUUCUCCAACUCAAAAAUAUACCAAGACUUACAUUUUACAAAGAAAUGGGGCAAUAGUUUAAUUGUUGCAGACUAUGGGUAUGCCAAUACAGAUCAUGUUGUGACCCCAUUUCUUAAUCCACAGCUUGGGCCAGAAAAUGUUUACAAUGAAUCACAGAUAAGAACUAGAAAUCUAGUAGAGCGCACAUAUGGUGUUUGGAAACGUCGCUUUCCUAUAUUGUCCCUUGGACUGAGAUUCCAAGCACAUAAGAUGCAAUCAGUUAUUAUUGCAUGUUCAGUUCUUCAUAACAUAGCAAUUGACAAAAAUGAUCAAAUACCAUAUGAUAAUUCAGUAAUCCAAUUACCAGAAGAUGUUUUACAGAAUAUACCUAUAAUUCAAAAUAAUCAGACUAAUGCUAGAUCUCGAUUAUUGAAUGAGUAUUUUUCACAACUGUAA